ACCUGUUUCUACAUUUAGGAUUUUCGCCUUUAGAAGUCUGAAUUUAGUUUUAAACAGAAAUGAGGGGUCUAACACUCGUCGUUUGUCUCCUGCUGGCAGUCAGCCUUGAGGCCAGGUUUAUCAUGCAUAAAUGGAAUUGCAAUUUUAGAAAUAUGUUUGGUGUACAUCUGAAUGUGAAGAAAAUGCUGGGUGAGGCCAAUGUUAACAAUGACAAUAUACUCACCUUGAACGAAGAUAGAGCUAUCUACAAUAAUUAUGAUAUCAUUAGACGAGAUGGAAGAGUGACCUUAACCGAGUUUGUCCAGAGAAUGGUCAACGAUUUCUGCUAUCCAAAAGGUCCUGCCUCUGAAUUAUUUUUAUUAUUUGAUGUCAAUAAAGACGGCGUCCUGUCGGCUGCUGAUACUGACAUGAACCCCAACUUAUUUGAUGCUCAAGGCAAUGCUGACCUAUCUGUAGCUACUGAAGGACUUAUCCGAGCUGAUCGAUUGGCACAGAGUAAUGACAUUAGAAAAAAGAAUAUCGCUAAUAUGAUUAUACAGACCUACGAUCAUUAGAAAACUCAAUAAAGGUUAAAUUAGAAUGUUAAUAUUAUUUGUUGUGACAAUAGAGUUGUGACUG